CGUCCAAUCCUUUAAUGAAAGUUUUCUACUUGGUACUCAAGGAUAAACUUCUUUGUAAAAAAAAGGUAAAUCCAAACUGAUCGGUAAAGAGUAUGAUUCUGAAUAGACUAUAUCCUCGGAGUGCCAAAGGAUUUGGGAUAUUUUGUAGCUUAUUACUACUUAGCAUAGUGAUUAUUCAAAAAGUUAGAUAUUCUACACAGCCAGAUAUCGUCAAAAACUCAGAACGUGUUACGGCAAAAAUCUACAUUCCUACAGGAUACAAGGAUAUUAUAAUAAAAACACCCUCUGAAACAGAGAUAUCCGAAAUAAUUAGGAAGUAUAUUACUAACAAAACUCCAGAAUCAAAAACACAGAAUAAAAUUCUGAAUUUGAAAAUCGCGUAUCCGCGAAAUCCAAUACGCUGAUAAGGAACCUUCGUAUUCAGAAAUUGAGACACUUAAAAAAUCUGAAGACACCGAAAUUACAAAAGUAAAAGAAAAUUACAAUAUUGCUGGUGCAAAGGAUUGGAGCGACAAAUGGACACGGAUGGCUUGGAAAAUAUUCGCCUAUUCGGCGUUCUGGGAUGACCGCAUGGACUUAUCAGAAGGUUUUCGAGUGAUCAUAGUUGCAGCAGGUCCUCGACGACCUUUGAUUUUACAGAGAGUGAGUUGUAUGUUGAAUUACGGAGAUUAUAAUCAGACCACUGACACGAACUUUCAAGUUAUCAAUGAAAAUCAUGGUAAAUCCACGUCGGCCAUAUUGUUUUACUGUUUUCCUGCUUCGUCCGAACGUAUACCGGUUUCAGCAACUCUGUUUUUGAAAAAGAGGAAGAUUGUGAGGGCCUGGAUACCAGUUCACCAGCAAAAGUUGAGGACAGAUGACAGCACAAAUAAGACAGUUGUCUGUUUGCGACCAAUGUUUGGAAAUGUCAUUCUAACGCCACAGGUUGUAGAAUUUAUUGCAUUCUAUCAAAUUAUUGGCGCCACACACUUCACCUUCUACGAUAAUGGCAUAACAAAAGAAAUACAUUUGUUAUUGAAGAAGCUUCAAGAAAAAGCCGGUGUUUCGGUAUCUAUUCACUCCUGGGAUUUGCCAAAGACAUUAUCGAGUAUAUGGGAAAGGGGUCAACUUGCUGCUAUUCAAGACUGCAUCCAUAGACACAUGAAUACUUUUGAGUUUGUAAUACUUGUUGACAUUGAUGAAUUUAUUGUCCCUCAGAAACAACACCAGAUGACAGUUCAAGAAAUAAUUCAUUAUGUAGAUAAGCACAAAAAGGAACCCCCAGGUUUCAAAUGGGGAAGUUAUGUUUUCAGAAACAGUUUUUUUUGUUUAGAAUUUCCUUCUCAGAACUCAGCCUUGAAACCUAGAAUUGAACUUCUCACUCAGACAAAACUGUUUAGAAAAAAGAAAAUAUGGCCCCCAUUUGAAAGAUCAAAGGUAAUUGUGCGCCCUCGCGUGGUUAAAGUAGGAGGAAUUCAUAGUGUGAUAGAACAUGUUGCUGGUUAUCGGUUUCAAGUUAUUCCUCCAGAAUUUGGGUUGCUUCAUCACUACCGAGGAG